AUGACUCUUCCAGAUGACCCUAUGAAUAGCAUGAUAUACGAUGACGAGGUCUUUUCUGGUGUCUGCGCUCCAGGUUGCAAGAUGUUGAUACCCUUUGUGAGCUUCCUCACCGUGCUCCUACUUCUCACUGGAGUUAUUCAGAAUCCCCUUCUGAUGGUUACGAUGCGUUCAGUGCGACAUAGCCAACGAUCUCUUGCACUGGGUUUACAAUUUGUCAUCAUCCGAUUGCUGGCUAAUCUGCCCUCACCGAUUGCUUUUGGCAGGGCGAUUGAUGGCGCUUGUCUUCUGUGGAAGGAUGAGUGUGGAAGAAGGGGAGAUUGUGCAUUCAUGGAUCUGAAGCAACUCACUCAGUACAUUACUGGUCUCGGAAUAGUCGUGAAAGGAUCUAGUCUGAUAGUCUACAUCGUGUUGUUAUACCUACUAUCACGGAGGCAUUCUGGUCCUACGUCGAGCUCAAACACCGAUGAAGAGCUAGCUGUAACGGUGAAACUGAAUGAAGACGAUACUCCGAGCAAGCGAAAACGGAGUCCAUCUAGGAAUGAGGGUCGUCAGCAUAAGUUAUGA